AUAACGUUAUACUCAUCAUUUAUGAAAACAAUGAAAUUUUUGCUCAAUGAACAAUGACCAAUGCUGUUUUGUCAAGCUGAAGAGGAACAAAGCAUUUUAUCCAUAUAAUCCAUUGAAGGAUUUUAAGCAAAGUAGAUAGUAUUCACAAAAACUGUGAAAAUGGACAGUCUUUUCACGCAGAAUAUUUCAGACGAACCAGAGGACAUACCACAAACAGAUGAGCCAGUUUGGGUUCUUGGGAAACAAUACAAUGCCAUAAAAGAACUCGAUGCAAUUCGUAGGGAUAUAAGGUCCAAAUUAUGGUUCACAUAUCGGAAAGGUUUUGUACCAAUUGGUGGUUACAAUUCUACAUUUACAACUGACAAGGGUUGGGGUUGUAUGCUAAGAUGUGGGCAAAUGGUCCUUGGUCAAGCUUUAAUUAUAUUACACUUAGGUAGAGACUGGCAAUGGAUACCAGAAACUAAAAAUAGUACAUACCUGAAAAUUCUGAAACGUUUUGAAGACAAAAGAACUGCUGCUUUCUCUAUUCAUCAAAUUGCAUUAACAGGAGCAUCUGAAGGAAAAGCAGUUGGACAAUGGUUUGGUCCCAAUACAAUAGCACAAGUAUUAAAAAAAUUAGUUGUAUAUGAUGAAUGGAGUUCAAUUACAAUACAUGUUGCUCUGGACAAUACAUUAAUAGUUAAUGACAUUUUAAAACAAUGUAGAGUAGAAGGAGGUACAACAGCAGAAGCAGAUGGUGAUGUACCAUUGAAAGCACCUAGCCAAUGGAAACCUUUAUUACUUUUAAUACCUCUUCGCCUCGGGUUAAGCGAGAUUAAUCCUGUCUACAUUAACGUUCUUAAAACUUCAUUCAAAAUACCACAAUCUCUAGGAGUAAUGGGAGGGAAACCCAAUCUUGCACUAUAUUUCAUAGGAUGUGUUGGAAAUGAAGUAAUUUAUUUGGAUCCUCAUACAACACAAAGGUCAGGUACUGUUAACCGAAAAAUAGACGAGGAAGAAAUUGAAAUGGAUGCCACUUACCACUGUAAAUUUGCUAGUCGUAUUCCUAUCACAGGAAUAGAUCCUUCUGUAGCACUUUGCUUUUUUUGUGCAACUGAAAAGGACUUUAAAUCUUUAUGUAAAUCUAUUCAAGAAGAAUUAAUAACUUCUGAAAAGCAACCUCUGCUUGAAUUAUGUGCAGAGAGAUUAGCAUACUGGUCUCCAGCGGAAGAUGUUGCUGCAGAAGCAAUAGCAACUUCAAGUUUUGUAGAUUUUGAACACAUAGAUCCACAAUGUGAUACAUCAGAUGAAGAUUUUGAAUUACUUGGUUAA